AUGAGUGCUGUUCUACAGGCCGCAUUAUUAAUCAUAUUAAGUGUGGAGUUUAUUAUAGGAAUUUUAGGAAAUGCAUUCAUGGCACUGGUGAACAUCAGGGGCUGGGUCAAGAGAAGAAAGAUCUCUUUUGUGGAUCAGAUCCUUACUGCUCUGGCCAUUUCCAGGAUAGCUUUUCUAUUGUUAAUAAUCUCAAUCAUACUGAUGUCUUCACUGUCUCCAGCUUUAUUAAUAACUGAAAAAAUUAUCAGAAUAACUAAUGCCUCCUGGAUACUGACUAAUCAUUUUAGCAACUGGCUUUCUACAUGUCUCAGCGUCUUUUAUUUUCUCAAGAUAGCCAAUUUCUCAAGCUCUCUUUUUCUUUACCUAAAGUGGAGAAUUAAAAGUGUGGUUUUAGUGACACUGCUAGUGUCUGUGCUCAUUUUCUUUGUAAACAUUAUAAUCAUAAACACAUAUAUAGAUGUCUGGGUUGAUCGAUAUAAGCUGAACACAUCUCACAGUUCUAUAACAAGUAAUGCACAACUUUGUAAACUUGUUUUACUUACAAACACUAUGUUCACACUAAUACCCUUUACUGUGUCUCUGAUCACCUUUUUGUUGAUCAUUUUCUCACUGUGGAAACAUUUGAAGAACAUACAAAAUAAUGCCAAAGGCUCCCAAGACAUCAACAUCACAGCCCACAUAAAGACUCUGCAAAUGGUGGUUGCCUUCCUGCUACUAUAUACUGUUUUUUUUCUGGCACUUGCCUUUCAGUCUUGGAACAAUAAACCUCAUCAUAAAAAUACAGCCCAUAUGUUUUCUGUGGAUACUGGACUUGUUUUUCCUUCAGGCCAUUCAUAUGUCUUGAUUUUGGGAAACAGCAAGCUGAGACAAGGAUUUCUGUUCUUGCUGUGGUGGGUGAAGUGCAAGCUAAAUGUUACAAUUCUUGGGUUCUUAGAACAUGUAAGAGGUUUUGUUCAGUAUUCUAGAGGAUGA